AUGUCAACUUCAAACAACAAAGAAGAAGCUCAGGGAUGGAACCUGUUAAAGUUGCCAUCUAGAAGUGCCAGCAUCACGACGUCCAAGGAAGAUCGGGAAAGACUGAGAAUGCGAGGCCUGCUUCCCGCAGGACAAGUGACGAUGGAGGCUGCUGUGGAAGCUCUGAUGGAGCAGAUCAGGGACAAGAGUACUGACCUCGAGCGGUACAUUCUGCUUCAUAGCAUCCAAGAUGGGUGCGAAAAGAUUUAUUUCGCGGCCUUGAUGAAGUAUACCAAAGAACUUAUGCCGAUCGUGUACACUCCAACAGUCGGACAAGCAUGUCUGGACUGGCAUCGUAUCUACAGACACACUCCUCGUGGACUUUACCUGAGCUUGGAAGACAUAGGCCAUGUCAAGGAAGCAUUGCAAAACUGGCCGGAGAAAAACAUCAAGGUUAUCGUUGUCACUGAUGGCGAACGAAUCCUCGGAUUGGGCGACCUUGGAGUCAACGGCAUGGGAAUUCCUGUGGGAAAACUUGCGCUCUACACAGGCAAGUUUCCAUGUGCCGGCAUCGAUCCGGCCUAUUGUCUUCCAGUACAACUUGACGUCGGAACAAACAAUGAAGCUCUUCGCAAUCAGCCGACGUACAUGGGCCUGAGGAGGCAGAGGGAAAGGGGACCAAGUUACGACCAACUUGUGAAGGAAUUCAUUGAAGCAGCGAAAGAGGAAUAUGGUUCAAGUGUUCUUAUACAGUUCGAAGACUUCGGCAACAAGAAUGCAUUUCGACUUCUAGAGACGUAUUCGCAGAACACGUGCUGCUUCAACGACGACAUCCAAGGAACCGCCGCUGUUGCUCUUGCAGGACUCAUAGCAAGCAAGAAGUUGACUAAAAGGGAGCUGGAAGACGAGACUUUCCUGUUCUUCGGAGCUGGAGAGGCGGGCACGGGGAUCGCAGAGCUGGUUGCAUCCUACAUCGCAGAGAAGACAAGCAAGUCGAAGACGCAAGCGCGAGAGAAAAUCUGGCUGUUCGACUCGCAAGGUCUCAUCACCUCUCAGAGAGCAGGAGAUCUGGCCCAUCAUAAGAAGCCGUUUGCCCACGACUUCUCCGGCAGCAGUGCCCCGUCCUCUCUUGCUGAGGCUAUCUCACUCCUGAGACCCACCGGACUCAUCGGGGCCUCCGCCAUGCCUAAGGUGUUCAACGAAGAGGUCUGCAGAAAGAUGGGGGAGAUCAACGAGCGGCCAAUAAUCUUCUCCCUCUCCAACCCGACGUCCAAGGCCGAAUGUACUGCACAGGAGGCCUACACGUGGACGGAAGGGAGAUGUGUCUACUCGUCCGGCAGCCCCAUGCAAGGAUUGACCAUCAACGGAAGGGACCUGAUUCCUGGGCAAGGCAACAAUGCAUUCAUCUUCCCCGGCUUAGGCCUCGCAGCUCUUGCGGCUGGCGCGAAGCGGAUCGACGAGGAAUGCCUCUUGAUUGCUGCACGCGUGCUGGCAUCCAACGUGGACCAGGCGUCUCUAGACAAAGGAACCAUCUACCCUCCUGUCAGUAAGAUCCGCCAAGUAUCCACCUCCAUCGCAUGUGAAGUCGCAAACUACAUGUUCGACAAAGGACUUGCGACCAAGGAGAAGCCCAAAGAUCUUGGUACCUACGUGCAGAAGCUCAUGUUCGAUCCCAACUGA